CUUCAGUCUACAUUCAAACUUUCGAUUAAAACACAAACUCUAACCGGUUCAGUCCGCAGCCGCGCGAACACACCGAUGAUCAAACACUCCGUCAGUGAGUGACAUGCGCGCGCGUCUACUGAUGGAGCGCGUCCCCGUGAGCGCGUCUAUAUAAACCCAGCACACAGCCGCACGAGACUCACAGCUUCCCAGAGAUCAACUGCACAUCUGGAGGAGAAGAAAGCAAGCAGAGCAUCAGCUAACACUGUGUGUUUCUCGCUAGAUGCGUCCUUGUGCAAGCGCGUGUGUGGCCUGGGGUGCGUGCGUCCUGCUUGUGUGUUUGGGCGUGGUUGUCGAAGGCUAUCCAACAAAGCCGGAGAAUCCAGGAGAGGAUGCACCUGUUGAGGAACUGGCCAAGUAUUACUCCGCGUUAAGACACUACAUCAACCUCAUCACGAGGCAGAGGUACGGCAAAAGGUCAAACUCUGAUGCGUUAACCCCGGAUCUGCUGUUUGGAGAGGCAGAGGUGCGACUGCAGCCCAGAUAUGAUGACCCUUUGAUGUGGUGAUGUCAGUAGACAAAAUGCUUGUCCAGUCCAUCAUUUCCAUCACUUCUAGAAGCAGUGACCUCUGACCUUAUGAGAAAUGCCUACAUCCAUGAUGCCAUCGUGUUUGACUUUUGUGAUUUUAUAUGUGGUCCAUCAGGGUACACAAACUUGCUAGUUAAGAGUAACAGUGCUCGGUUUGUUUAGGACAUUGUUGUGCUUGUUUUUAUCUACUAACGGUUGCUUACGAGGUCACUGAACACAUCACUGUAAUGCAUGUGAUCGCCAGCAUCCCGUGUGUAUCCAUAGACGGCCUGUAUUUACAUGUGUUCUAUGUGCUGUAGCUUCCAAUAAAGGUAAACUUUACUGACUGGGGGUAUAAUCGUGCUAUUAAACCACUACAUU